AUGAGACCGAUUAUUUUGUUAGAGAAGAGAAGACCACUGCCCCGUAGUACAGUGGAACAGACAAUCAGCCAGGCGCAGCCUGUUCAGGUGCAGCUACAGCUGCCACAGGGUGUCUCAGCUGCAAGCCACAUCCAGGCACUGGUGUCUCAGAGUGGGGAGACCAUUCCCAUCAGAGUAGCCGCCGUGUCUCAACCCUCGCAGAUCCAGGAGAUCCCACACAGUUCUGCUCAGGCCGUCCAGAUCAGGGAGAUCACGCUGGAGCUCCCCCAGGGGAUUCAGCUACAAAACGCGCACGUACAGACAGAAAACGGGCAGGAGGGGGUACAGCUCACCCAGACUAACGUCAUGCAGCCAACUGUCAUGGAGGUGACCCAGGCGGGGGUCGUGGAGGUCACCCCAACAGAGGUGAUGGAGGUGACCCAGGCUGGGGUCAUGGAGGUCACCCAGGCAGGGAUGGAGGUAGACCCACAACAGGAGGGUCAGGCAACAGAACAUCAACAGUUGACUACCCGGACUAUCCACAUCCUGCCUGAUGGAAGUCAACAGGAGAUCCACAUCGCUCCUGACAGGACCGAGCAGGUGGUCCAGCUGUCCUCACAGGAGGAGGUGCACAUCGUAGAGAUCCCCACCACCCAGGGGGACAUGCCCAUCCCCCAGGGGGAGGACAACCCCACCCAGGUUAUGAGCGAUGCCGUACAGCUGGAAGUGUUGGCCGCAGUCAGCCAGAUCAACUAGACAUCCCAGAGUGCACUUCAUCCCUCCUCCCGGAUGGAUACAGGCAUGGGUAGUAGUAGUAGUAGUGAUUGGUUUAUCGUUAGGCCACACCAAUUUAAUUUGUGGCUUC